CAGUCCUUGUUCUUUCAGUCUGUCCUCCAUUUCGCAUUCACAACUGUUCAGUGCAUCAUGUUCAAACGCGUGGAGAAGCGACGCAAGCGAAGGGAAGACGAAGAGGAGCUGGGAAUCGACGAGGAGAUGAAGGAAGUUUUGGGAUUACAGGAUACGGACUCUUCAGAGUCAGAAUCAGGUUCGGACUCUGACUCGGACUCUGACAUAUCCAAUGACGACGGCGAUGCGUCUGCCUCUGGUAUGCUGAAGAGAAAGCGAGUGAAGGGCAGCGAAUCGGAAGGGGAUGAUUCAGGCUUGGCAAACAAUGUUGUCGGCGAUGAGGAGGAAGAGGGAGAGGAUGUCGUAGAGAGUGACGAGGACGAAACCGACCAUCCCGAUAGUGGACCACAAAUCACAGUUGCCGAAGCACUACAGGAUCCACUCUAUGUCGUCUCGAUGGAUCCAGAAAUCCAAUCGUGCGUUCUCUGUCCGGGCAAACGACUCAAAAACCCAGCCAUGAUUCAGGUGCAUAUGCGGUCUCAGCUUCAUGCGCGAGGCCUGAAACGACUGGAGAAGCUAUCUCAAAAAGCUAGCCCCGACGACAACGUCGUGGAACUUUUCGCAAGACCAUCAGGGAGCACGUUGGUCGCUCCGAAUGAGACAUCUAAGCGACAAGCCAAACGAAAAGCCAAACAGGCCAAGCUCAUUGCCAAGCGCGAGAAACAAAAGAAACUCAAGCAAAAAAAGAUAGCUCGAAAAGAGCACCUGAAGGCAGAUGAACAAGCCGUGUCAAGCGCGGGCGAUACCCCUCCACCAACAAAGAACUCCAAAACCAAGCUACUUGGCGCAGAAAAGACAAAGCCGAAAUCGAAACCGACAUCGAAAAUGAUAAUGAAGGCUGAAAGCGCAUCAACAACUUCUCCAAAAGACAAUUCCAUGGCGGACGAACCAAAGCCAAAAAGACGGAAAAAGGAUGCGCCACCCUCAGAUAUGAAGCCAGUUGUUACAAAUGAUCCACAUCGAAGACGUAAAAACAAGCGAUAUUUCGAUGAGAGCACGUCUACAACCGCCGUCAGGUCUUUGAAUCACCCGAAACAUUCUCACCAACGUCCGAAGGGAGGCCAUGGGGGACUAAAGGUGGGGGGAAAGAGUCACACUCCCUUAUUGCAGAUAAUCGACUAGUAUCUCGGUGUGUAUCGCGGCAGGGUAUGAUCGAUCUUCCUAGUAUUUCGCUCG